AUGAAAGGUCUUAUCUUAGUCGGUGGUUAUGGUACUCGUCUUAGACCAUUAACCUUAACUGUCCCAAAACCUUUGGUUGAAUUCGCAAACAGACCAAUGAUCUUGCAUCAAAUUGAAGCUUUAGCAAAUGCUGGUGUUACUGAUAUCGUUUUAGCUGUUAAUUAUAGACCUGAAGUUAUGGUUGAAACUUUGAAAAAAUAUGAACAAGAAUAUGGUGUUUCAAUCACUUUCUCUGUGGAAACUGAACCUUUAGGUACUGCUGGUCCUUUGAAAUUGGCUGAAGAUGUUUUGAAAAAGGAUAAAUCUCCAUUCUUUGUCUUGAACUCUGAUGUUAUUUGUGAAUAUCCUUUUGAAGAAUUGGCAAAAUUCCACAAUGCUCAUGGUGGUCAAGGUACUAUUGUCGCUACCAAAGUUGACGAACCUUCCAAAUACGGUGUCAUUGUUCAUGAUAUCUCCACUCCAAAUUUAAUUGACCGUUUUGUUGAAAAACCUGUUGAAUUUGUUGGUAAUAGAAUUAAUGCCGGUUUAUACAUCUUGAACCCUGAAGUUAUCGAUUUGAUCGAAUUGAAACCAACCUCAAUUGAAAAGGAAACUUUCCCACAAUUGGUUGAACAAAAAUCCUUGUAUUCUUUUGAUUUAGAAGGUUUCUGGAUGGAUGUUGGUCAACCAAAAGAUUUCUUGGCUGGUACUGGAUUAUAUUUAACUUCUUUAGCUAGAAGAUCCCCAGAAAAAUUAACAACCGGUAAAGAUUACAUUGAUGGUAAUGUCUUGAUUGAUCCUUCUGCCAAGAUUGGUGAAGGUGCUAAAAUUGGUCCAAAUGUUGUUAUUGGUCCAAAUGUUACCAUUGGUAAUGGUGUUAGAAUUAAAGAAUCCGUUGUCUUGUCUAAUUCAACCAUUAAAGAACAUGCUUUAGUUAAAAAUACCCUUGUUGGUUGGAACUCUGAAGUUGGUAGAUGGGCUAGAUUAGAAGGUGUCACCGUUUUAGGUGAUGAUGUUAAAGUUAAAGAUGAAAUUUAUGUUAAUGGUGGUAAAGUUUUACCUCAUAAAACUAUUUCUGCUAAUGUUGAAAAAGAAUCAAUUAUUAUGUAA